AUGGACUUAAUCGAUGGACUUCUCUCUGUGGCAGUAGGGAGCUUGGGAAGUGUGUUGUUUCCUAUGCUUUCUAAUGGUCUCGUCAAAGUUCCGCGACCCAAACCUAUUGAUAUCCAACAUGCUCGUCAUCAAGCGUUAAGUGUCCGCCCAUAUGUUCCCUAUCAUUUUCCUACCUGCUACAAUGGUGGUCGCGUGCGGGCACUGUUAAUUGGCAUCAACUACUUUGGAACUGAAGGCCAACUCUCUGGGUGCAUCAAUGAUGUGAUUAAUAUGCUGAAAACUCUGGAGCGUAUUCAAUUCCCUAUUACUGAAUGCUGUAUCCUUGUGGAUGACCCCAAGUUUAAAGGGUCGAUGGGCUAUCCUACCAGGGAGAAUAUAAUUAAGUAUAUGGCCUGGUUGACUAAUGAUGUUCGUCCUGGUGAUGUACUUUUCUUUCACUACUCCGGUCAUGGUGGUCAAUGUGAUGGCGGAAGUGAUACCUGUGAGGAGCAUGAUCAGUGUCUCAUUCCUGUUGACUUCAAUACCAUGGGCAGUAUUCUGGAUGAUGAUCUUUUCCGUAUCUUAGUCAGCCCUUUACCUCCCGGGUGCCGAAUGACGUGCAUCUUUGACUGUUGUCAUUCGGCCUCAAUGCUUGAUUUACCUUUUAGCUUCGUUAUGACAAGGGACAUGAGCUCAGGGCGUCAGGGAUACACGAUGAAGUGCAUGCGUAACAAUAACUUCAGCCAAGGGGACGUCGUCAUGUUCAGUGGCUGUGAGGACUCUGGAACCAGUAGUGAUGUACAAAACCCAGGGAGUGCCGCCGGCGGCGCCGCAACCCAAGCUUUUUGUUGGGCUCUGCUUAACACAGCGGGCCUUAACUUCAUGAACAUCCUUUGUAAAGCACGGGAUCUUUUGAAGAGUAAAGGUUUCAAGCAAAUACCUCAACUUACAAGCUCGAAACCCAUUGACUUGUACAAGACCUUUUCUCUUUUUGGGCCUAUCGAAGUUAAUCAGCAUCAAAUGGCACUAAUGCCACAACAAUUACCACCCCCACAGCAAUACCCACCCCCACGAGUAUACACAUCAAUGCAUCGAGAAUACCCACCAACGCAACAACAGUAUCCACCCCCGCAGCAGUAUCCACCCCCGCAGCAGUAUCCACCCCCGCAGCAGUAUCCACCCACACAACAGUAUCCACCCACACAACAGUAUCCACCCCCGCAGCAGUAUCCACCCACACAACAGUAUCCACCCACACAACAGUAUCCACCCACACAACAGUAUCCACCCCCGCAGCAGUAUCCACCCCCACAGCAAUUUCAAUCGAUGCAAGGCAAUUCAUAUCAUCCCCCAGCGCAGAAUGCUUCUAAUCAAGCUCCAGAUAAAAAGAAGCCUAAACCAAAGGCAUCGCAGUACCCUUUUCAGUGGUACAAUAGUAAAUAA